UCGUCAUUCAGAUUUGGAGCUCCACCCCAACCUUCCAUGUUCCUUCCGGGCUAGGAGCUGUCGUCAAUAUCUUCCCUCAUGGAUUGAUAACGGGGCGAGUCCUUAGACUGAGAUUAUAACAGCGUCUCUGGGGCCAAUUGAGAUUUUGCUGCUGUCUUGAUUCUUUUUGAGAACACUGUUCUAUUAUUGCACCAGUCUCGGUCUAUAACACUUAGUGAUGAAGCUCCUCCUUGCCGCCCUGAUCGCGGGUAGCUCCGUCUUCGCGAGCUCAUCGCAACGACCUUUGACUCUUGACACUGACUUGAGCUUCCAAUCAACCAUUGGCGAAGUCUACAACUCGGGAUCUGCUCCAAGCUACCGUGCCUCGCUCGUCGCCCUCCACAAAGCUCUUGUGUCAAUACCCUCCGUAACUGGCAACGAGAACGAAGUCGGCACCUACCUAGUCGACUACCUGACCGAGCGAGGACUACACGCCCAAUUGCAGUUCAUCCCGCCAUCAAAUACCACAUCUGAUGCCUCCACGGACGAGAAGCCUCGCUUCAAUGUCCUAGCCUGGCCAGGCAAGACCCGAAACCCGAGCCCUAAAGUCCUAGUCAGCAGCCACAUCGACACCGUCCCGCCCUUCAUCCCGUAUUCCGCGUCCGACGACCCACCCAACGCCGAUACCGUGAUCGCCGGGCGGGGCAGCGUAGAUGCCAAGGCAAGCGUAGCAGCACAAGUUACUGCCUUGCUUGACCUGCUCCUCGACAAGUCCGUCAGCGACGACGUCAAGGACGUCAUGCUGCUAUACGUAGUAGGCGAGGAGACCAACGGCGCCGGGAUGCGGUAUUUCUCCGAGACGUGGGGCCUGCUGGAGCCCCCGCCCACCUUCAAGGCGGGUAUCUUCGGCGAGCCGACUGAGGGGAAGCUGGCGUGUGGGCACAAGGGCCAUCUUGCGUGCACCAUCAAGGCCACCGGGAGGGCGGGACACAGUGGAUAUCCCUGGCUGGGAAAAUCCGCGACGGAGGUGCUAAUGCGUGCACUGAUCAAGGUCCUUGAUACGGAUCUAGGGAGUAGUGAGAGGUUUGGGAAUACGACGGUUAAUGUGGGCCGCAUUGAGGGAGGGGUGGCGUCGAAUGUCAUUGCUGAGAAGGCGGAAGCAAGGUUGACGAUUCGGGUUGCUAUUGCGCCGCAGGAUAAGGGGGCUAAUGUGAUUGAGGAGAGAAUCAGCGAUGUGCUAAAGAGUGUGGACGAGGAUCUGGAGAUGGACUGUGGCAAUGGGUAUGGGGCUGUGAUAUGUGACUGCGAGGUUGACGGGUUUAAGAACAUCACGGUUAACUACGGCACUGAUGUGCCGAACUUGAAGGGUGAUCAUACGAGAUACUUAUACGGACCGGGCACGAUUUUCGUGGCCCAUGGACCGGACGAGGCGCUGAAACUGAGCGACCUCGAGGCGGCGGUGGAGGGGUACAAGAAGCUUAUUUUGCAUGCAUUGCAAAGCUGAAUACCGGCAUUACUCCCUACUUCAUUAGAACGUAAAGGAGCAACCAAUAUUAUAUUAAUUGGGCACAUCCUCUCGAUCUUAGAUAGUAAUCUAGGCUACGGGGAGAUGUGAUACAUGUACUACUUGACGCCUGUGGUACUUCAUUCGACAAUCCCCCUUGACAUCCACCCCUAACUAUUAAUAGUUGGGAAUCCGGCACGUCGGCCUGCCCGGUGGAGCUGUUCUUUUGCAACUCCAAGACCAAAGUGUGCUCCCGAUGGCUGCAACGAUGAUCUGGAUUUGGCACAAUAUUGGGCUCAAUGUUGGUAUGGAACCGCCGACUAUCAUGAGCAGUAGCUCCAUGGUUUGCCAUGAUAAGAUGUUGAAAGAGGUCCAGCUGUAAUCAUGUGGCUGUGCGAGAUGGAUGAGGCA